UUAUAAAUUAUUUGCAUAUUCUAGUCUACAUCAUACAAUUACAAUUCUACGUUCAUCCGAAAAUGUAAAAAAAUUCUUAGAAGUGCAAACAUUUGAAAAAAAGAAGAAUACUAUCCAUCAACACAACAAUUCCAUUGUAUAUUUUCCAUAAUUUCCUCUUAUUUCAAUAAUUUUAAUCUCAUGUUGGCCAUCUAUUUAAAUGAAUCAUCAUCAUUAUCAGUUAUUCUUCAACUGAACUUUUAAAAUUGGACUAAUGUAUUCGCAACCAAUGAUGCGAAAACUAAAUAAACAAAAGAAGAGAUGGUGGAGAAGAUUUGUAGCUCAG